AUGCAAACUGACGAAAACGGUUCUCCGGAAAAUUGUAUUUUGGCAGUCGAUUUCGGCAGUACACACGCUUUCGCCCGUAUUUAUAACGAUAAAUGUGAAAAUCUAGCAGAAUCAGUAAUGUCAAGUAAAACCACCGAUCCAGAGGUCUGUUGGACUGUGAUGAACGAUCUCUUUGAAGAUGUUUUAAAACGUGCUUGUGUUCGUCCUAUUGAUUUGAAUGGUCUUGGUAUUUCUGUUCAGAGGAACACUUUCCUUCUCUGGAAUAGAGAAACAUCACUUCCCGUUACUCGACUUUCUACUUGGCAGGAAAAUACUGCUUCAUCAUAUGCCUCAAAUCGGAAUAACUCUCACUUUCUGUAUGAGAAGUGCAGAAAAGGUGAGCUUGUCUUCGGCUGCUUAGAAACUUGGUUACUAUGGCGAUUAACAGGAGGUCGAGCCUGGUGUACCGAUGCCAGUUGUUCUAGCGCUUCCGGUGCCUUUGAUCCGUCGAUUGUGCGCUGCGGACCUCUAGCAGAUAUUGGAAAUGACUCCAGCAAAUCAAGUUCUCGUAGAGUUCGCGUGACAGCUUUGAUUGGCGAUUCCCAAGCCGCAAUGCUUGGCGAGGGCUGCUUGAAUGUUGGCGAUGCUAAACUCACUCUUGGAACAGGAUCCUUUCUUUGUGUCAACAUUGGAUCCUCGUUAGUGCCGCCUAACACUGGUGAGUAG